AUGCAGGAGAGACCUAAACCUCUUCUGACUGUUCAGCCUGAACCAUCACAGAUAUUGAUUGGAGAUACAGUCACUCUCACAUGUGACAUACAGGGUGAAGGAUGGACAUACACAUGGCAGUGUGGAGGUAGAGAGCAGGCCUCUAUGGAGAAAGAGUUCAACAUCACUGCAGUGUCCACACAGAAAUGCAGGUGUUGUGUCAAGAGACAAUCAGACACCUCUGAAUGGAGUGAAGAAGUGACUCUGACUGUGUUGUACAAACCCAAAGUAAGUGUAAAGCCGCAGAGUUCAGUGUUCACUGGAGACACAGUUACUCUGAGCUGUGAUGUGGGACAGUCAACGGGACGAACGAUUUUCUGGUUCAAAGACUUCGAGAGAAUAAAAGCUAGUGAUGAUGUAGAAAUACGGAGUAAUGUGAGUAUGUCUGAUGGAGGACAGUAUAGGUGCAGUGCACAAAAAGGAAAGUACUUCACAACUCAAAGUCAAAGACUUGUGCUAACAGUAAGUGAGAGACCCAAGCCUGUGUUGCGUGUAGAUCCUGAUGAACAUGUGUUCAGAGGACAGACGGUCAUUCUCACAUGUGACAUACAGGAGACAGACGUCAGCAGCUGGAGCUACAUCUGGAGUAAAGAUGAUUCAGAGAUUGAUGUCAGUCAGUCACAGGAAUACAGAAUCAGUUCUGUUAAUGAAUCUCACACGGGUCGUUACAGCUGUACUGGAAGAGAAACAGGAGGAUCACGAUCCUCACACACCAGUGACACAGUUACACUCACACUAUCAGACAAACCCAAAGUAAGUGUAAAGCCGCAGAGUUCAGUGUUCACUGGAGACACAGUUACUCUGAGCUGUGAUGUGGGACAGCCAACGGGACGAACGAUUUUCUGGAUCAAAGACUUCAAGAGAAUAAAAGCUAGUGAUGAUGUAGAAAUACGGAGUAAUGUGAGUAUCUCUGAUGGAGGAGAGUAUAGGUGCAGUGCACAAAAAGGAAAGUACUUCACAGUUCAAAAUCGAAGAGUUGUGCUAACAGUAAGUGUAUCAACAAGUAUCAAGAACAGUCAGUUCAAUUUUCAAACAUGUGAAGUGUGUCCUGCAAUCAUUACAGAGAGACCCAAGCCUGUGUUGCGUGUUGAUCCUGAUGAACAUGUGAUCAGAGGACAGACGGUCAUUCUCACAUGUGACAUACAGGAGACAGACGUCAGCAUCUGGAGCUACAUCUGGAGUAAAGAUGAUUCACAGAUUGAUGUCAGUCAGUCACAGGAAUACAGAAUCAGUUCUGUUAAUGAAUCUCACACGGGUCGUUACAGCUGUACUGGAAGAGAAACAGGAGGAUCACGAUCCUCACACACCAGUGACACAGUUACACUCACACUAUCAGACAAACCCAGAGUAAGUGUAAAGCCGCAGAGUUCAGUGUUCACUGGAGACACAGUUACUCUGAGCUGUGAUGUGGGACAGUCAACGGGACGAACGAUUAUCUGGAUCAAAAACUCUAUGAGAAUAGAAACUGUUGAUCAAACAAUAACACUGAGAGAUGUGAGAGUCUCUGAUGGAGGACAAUAUACAUGUACUGUAGGAGGAAAGACCACAGCAAGCAAACCAGCCGUGCUAACAGUGAGAGGUAAGUGCUGUUUUUACAGUGCAAUCUGAUUUUGAGUUCACUAUACAGUUAUGAAAAUGAACCGCAUCCAUCAACAGUAUCAUGUUCUGUCUGUUAAAUUAAUUUCACACAGAGAGACCCAAGCCGGUGUUGCGUGUUGAUCCUGAUGAACAUGUGUUCAGAGGACAGACGGUCAUUCUCACAUGUGACAUACAGGAGACAGACGUCAGCAGCUGGAGCUACAUCUGGAGUAAAGAUGAUUCAGAGAUUGAUGUCAGUCAGUCACAGGAAUACAGAAUCAGUUCUGUUGAUGAAUCUCACACGGGUCGUUACAGCUGUACUGGAAGAGAAACAGGAGGAUCACGAUCCUCACACACCAGUGAUACAGUUACACUCACACUAUCAGG